AUGCCUGCUGACAAGGCGAUUUGUAUCCGCCGGCCUCAAAAACCACCCUUGAGCUCAAGUUCAGGCUCAUCACUCGCUGCACGCAAAAAUCCUCCAAAGAAACGGACACCAAGAAAGCCAACUAUCAAGCCUGUUGAUCUGCUGGCCAAGACACCAAAGGGCUCCUUGGCCGUCGACAGCGAUGUUGAACAACCUCCGGUCAAUGAUCUUGGAGGAACCAGAGAUCCCGACCACAGUGGCUACACCCCUGAACCCUCCACUCCAGACACCAACGCACCCACACUCCCGUCACGCGGCACAACUGAGAUGCAUGGCUUACCAAGCAUUACAGUCACUCGUCCUUCACUGGAGCCUUCUGGAGGCCCCAAACAUCCAGCUCAAGCUCCUCAUGAUCCCACAGAACCGCGACCAGCCUUGUCACCCGGCUCCACUGCACCCGUUACCCCAGGCACCGGAUCAACAGAUUCGAACACGCCUUCAGAGGAACCAGCCGCGGCUGCAACGGAGCUCCAAAAUCCGCACUCUCAGCCUCCUUCCAACAUACAAGAAACUGUUCUUCCCAGCCCCUCUCAGACCGCCAGCAUCGCCUCCCCUUGUAACCUCUGGUCUGCUGUUGAUAACGAAGCUCUUU